CAGCUGGUUCUUCCUUUCUGCUAGCCUCUCCGCCAUGGCGCCUAUUCAGAAGAAGCAGAACACCGGCAAAGGUGGGAAGAAGAAAAAGCAGGUGCUGAAGUUCACUCUGGACUGCACCCAUCCUGUUGAAGAUGGCAUCAUGGACGCUGCUAACUUUGAGCAGUUCCUGCAGGAGCGCAUCAAGGUGAACGGGAAAGCUGGCAACCUGGGCGGGGGUGUGGUGUCCAUCGAGAGAAGCAAGAGCAAGAUUACAGUUUCCUCUGAGGUUCCUUUCUCCAAAAGAUAUCUGAAGUACCUGACCAAGAAGUAUCUGAAGAAGAACAAUCUGCGUGACUGGCUGCGUGUCGUUGCCAACACCAAGGAGAGCUAUGAGCUCCGCUACUUCCAGAUCAAUCAGGAUGAAGAGGAGGAGGAAGAUGAAGAUUAAAUUGUCUGAUUUUGUAGAUUUAAAUAAAUUUUGUUUACAGUACAGAAA